AUGCCUGUCCAUAUUAUGGGUAAAUCCUUUAGAAGCAAACAACCAGUGCACAUUGGUUUAGCUGCUAAAUUCUACGGUCUAGGAAUGAAAAAUGCUCAAAAAAUAUGUUCCAAAUUAGGUUUUUACCCAUGGAUUAGAAUGCAUCAAUUAACUGAACAACAAAUUUUGGGUAUUACAAAAGAAUUAUCAGAACUAACGAUAGAAGGGAAUGCAAGAGCUAUUGUUCGUGAAAAUAUUCAAUUAAAGAGACGUAUUGGUUCAUACCAGGGUCUAAGACAUGCUAUGGGUUUACCUGUUCGUGGUCAACAUACUAGAAAUAACGGUAAGACUGCUAAGAAGUUGAAUAGACUUGAUAGAAGAGGUUUUGCAACUUCUGCGUAUGCUCAAGGUCAAAUACAUUCAUCAACUGGUGCUUUUGCAGCUUUUAAGAACUUGUUCGGUGGGUUGUUUUAA